AGAGAGAGAGAGAGAGAAAGAGAGAAUCGCGCUCGUCCAUCCAGAGUCCUCGUCCUUCUCGUCGGCCUUCAACUCUCUCCUCUGCUCGCCUCGUCGCAGGAGAAGAGGGGAGAAUCGAAGAGAGAGUUCGUCCCCCUUCUUCUCCUCGCCCUUGGCUCGUUGCUUUGAUCUCAGGGUUAUUGGAGGUUGGUGACUCGAUCUUGGGCGCAGAUCACCAGAUCCGGCGCUGUUCCAGUUGGAUCACACGCUGUUUGAUUCUUGGGUUUUGAUUUCUUGGAGGGUUUCAUGGACGCCUGAUUUUUUCUUGAAUUAGGGGAAUUCAAGAAAAGAGGUGUUUGAAGUCUGGAAAUCGGUGGAAUUGUUGAUCGGAUCUGGUGAUCCGGUCUUGGGUUUUUGAGUGGGGUUUGCCGUCUUCGGUUGAAGUUUCGCGAAAGGAUCGGUUGUUACGCGGGUAAUUAAAGGGCUGGUUUCUGUUUGAUGGGAAAUUGUUCAGAAAAAUCCGAAUUUGAAAAUCAGAUUGGAGGGUAGGAUUUUAAAUUUUGAUUGCAUGCUUGGGAGCAGUGCUAUGUGUUUUCCCCAACCUCGAAUGCAUUUGUCGGAUGAUAGUCUGUGAUGUUGGUGCACAUUCUGUUGGCUCCAUCUUGACAUUGCUGAGUCUUUUUAUCGUCAGCGCCUCAUUUGGCCUAUUCCUGUCUGGUUCUUCCUAUAUUUCACCUGCAUUUGUUUGCUAUCGUCAUAAUUUUGUGAACAAAGUUGCAAAGACAGGGCCUUGCUGUACAGGUUAAGGGUACGAUCUCGAAGCUAUUCUAAUUGGCAGGGUGGUAGUUGUUUUGGUAGUUUCUGAAUGCUACCAUAAUAAAGAGAAGAGCUUGCAUUUUGGGUGCCAUGGAACUGCAGAGAUUUGAAUCAUCUGUGGUACCGGAAAAAUUCAACAAAUCACAGCGAGCCCGACCCAAGAGCAUGCAGUUUGAUGAGCCAUUCUCGGUUGAUGGAGAUCCUCCCAGAUUGGUAUACAUCAAUGAUCCAAAAAAAUCAAAUGAUAAGUAUGAGUUCACUGGAAAUGAGAUUAGGACCAGUAAAUAUACUGUCAUCACAUUUCUGCCCAAGAAUUUGUUCAUUCAAUUUCAUCGGGUGGCAUAUGUGUAUUUCUUGGUCAUUGCUGCUCUGAAUCAGCUUCCCCCACUUGCGGUUUUUGGGAGAACAGUCUCUCUUUUCCCCCUCCUUUUUGUGCUUUUUGUGACUGCUAUUAAGGAUGGUUAUGAAGAUUGGCGGAGGCACAGAUCUGAUCGGAAUGAGAACAACCGAGAGGCGAAAGUUCUGCUAUCAGGUGAGUUUCGAUCAAAGAAGUGGAAGAAGAUCUGUGUUGGGGAGGUAGUGAAAAUACAUGCGGACGAAAGUAUUCCUUGUGAUAUAGUUUUGUUGGGGACCAGUGAUCCUAACGGAAUAGCAUAUAUUCAGACAAUGAACUUAGAUGGUGAGUCAAAUUUAAAGACCAGAUACGCAAGGCAAGAAACAACAUCGAUGCUUUCUGAAGGGGGUUCAUUUUCAGGAUUGAUUAGAUGUGAGCAGCCCAAUAGAAAUGUUUAUGAGUUCACAGCCAAUAUGGAAUAUAAUGAAAUGAAGAUUCCGCUUGGACAGUCUAACAUUGUAUUGCGUGGCUGCCAGAUUAAGAAUACUGAUUGGGUUGUUGGGGUUGUGGUUUAUGCUGGUCAGGAAACAAAAGCAAUGUUGAAUAGUGCAGUCUCACCCUCCAAAAGGAGCAAACUUGAAAAGUUUAUGAACAGGGAAACUAUGUGGCUUUCAAUCUUUCUGCUUUGUAUGUGUGCAGUCGUGGCUGUAGGAAUGGGAGUAUGGCUUAGAGAUCACAAAGCUAGGCUUGAUACUCUUCCUUACUACCGUAAGAGAUACUUUACAAAUGGUCGCGAUAACGGAAAAGCAUACAAGUACUAUGGUAUUGCCAUGGAGAUAUUUUUCUCAUUUUUGAGCUCUAUUAUUGUGUUUCAGAUAAUGAUACCCAUAUCCUUGUACAUUACAAUGGAGCUUGUUCGGUUGGGACAGUCAUACUUUAUGAUUGAGGAUAGACAGAUGUAUGACAGUAGCUCAGACUCAAGGUUUCAGUGCAGAUCAUUGAAUAUUAAUGAGGAUUUGGGUCAGAUACGUUUUGUAUUUUCAGAUAAGACAGGUACACUGACAGAGAAUAAGAUGGAGUUUAGGAGGGCAAGUGUGUAUGGGAAAGAUUAUGGAAGUUCCACUUCCAUGAAGAAAGCAAGCUCUGCAGGAGUAGCAGGAGACCGGAGAUGGAAACUGAAAUCAGAAAUCAAUGUCGACCUUGAACUCAUGGAAGUAUUAGAAAGAGACUUGGUUGGAGAGGAGCGAUUGGCAGCUCAUGAUUUUUUCCUUGCUUUGGCAGCCUGUAACACAGUCAUUCCUAUGGCUACCAGUAAUUGUUCUGGUGACAAUGUGCAUGAUGAGGUGGAAACAAUUGACUAUCAGGGUGAAUCUCCUGAUGAACAAGCUUUAGUUGCUGCAGCUUCUGCUCAUGGUUAUACUCUCCUUGAGCGGACAUCUGGGCACAUUGUCAUUGAUGUCCUUGGAGAGAAAUUGAAGUUGGAUGUAUUGGGUCUCCAUGAAUUUGAUAGUGUGCGAAAGAGAAUGUCUGUUGUGAUCAGAUUUCCAAACAAUUCUGUGAAGGUUCUUGUGAAGGGUGCUGAUAGUUCAAUGCUAACCAUUUUAAACUCGGUGGAUGCCCAUGGAAAUCUAGGGGCCAUGCAUGCCCAAAUUAGACGAGAAACAGAAAAUCAUCUGAAUGGUUAUUCAUCACAAGGCUUGCGCACUCUUGUUGUUGCUUCACGGGAUCUUAAUGGCCUAGAAUUUGAGGAAUGGCAAGAAAAGUAUGAAGACGCCAGCACUUCAUUGACUGAUAGGUCAGCAAAACUCCGUCAUGCAGCUGCUCUCAUAGAGUGCAAUUUAAAUCUUCUUGGAGCUACUGGGAUUGAAGACAAGUUGCAAGAGGGGGUGCCUGAGGCCAUUGAAUCCCUUAGACAAGCAGGAAUAAAGGUUUGGGUUCUAACUGGAGACAAGCAAGAGACUGCAAUUUCAAUAGGCCUCUCAUGCAAACUCCUGACAAAGAAUAUGCAGCAGAUUAUUAUAAAUGGUACUUCAGAGGAUGAAUGUAGGAGGCUUCUGGCUGACGCUAAGGCCAAAUACGGAAUAAAAUUUGCCAGCUGUGGUAAUACGGCUAAUAAGGCCUUGAAGAAAAAGAAGUCGAAUGAUAAUAUUGUUGAUGGUUGUGGGGACAAAAAGAAUUCAAACAUGUUGACAGCUAAUAAUCAAUCCGAAGCUUUCACAAACGGUGGAAUCAACUGUGAAAUGCCUGAAAACCUUCCUGAUAACGUUGUGGAGACAACAAAUCCACUAGCACUUAUAAUUGAUGGAAAUAGUCUUGUUUACAUUUUAGAGAAAGAUCUUGAACCAGAGCUUUUUGAUUUGGCAGUAUCAUGUCAUGUUGUGCUUUGCUGCCGCGUUGCUCCUCUUCAAAAAGCUGGAAUAGUUGAUUUAAUCAAAAGCAGGACAAAUGAUAUGACUUUAGCCAUUGGUGAUGGGGCAAAUGAUGUUUCAAUGAUCCAGAUGGCACAUGUAGGUGUUGGAAUAUGUGGUCAAGAAGGCCGUCAAGCAGUGAUGGCAUCAGAUUUUGCUAUGGGGCAGUUUCGUUUCCUGAAAAGAUUGCUCCUUGUGCAUGGACACUGGAAUUACCAGCGCGUUGGCCAUUUGGUUCUGUACAACUUCUAUCGAAAUGCUGUUUUUGUGCUAAUGUUGUUCUGGUAUGUUUUAUGUACUGCAUUUUCCACAACUUCUGCUUUAACAGAUUGGAGUAGUGUACUCUAUUCUGUUAUUUAUACAUCUGUACCGACAAUAGUGGUUGGUGUUCUGGAUAAGGAUUUGAGUGAUAAAACUCUUCUCCAGUAUCCCAAACUUUAUGGAGCCGGACACAGACAAGAGAGCUACAAUUUAACGCUAUUCUGGAUCAUGAUGCUUGAUACUUUGUGGCAGAGUCUUGUUCUUUUCUAUGUUCCUGUUAUCACCUAUAGCAACACUUCAAUUGACAUAUGGAGUUUGGGAAGUUUAUGGACGAUUGCUGUAGUCAUGCUGGUGACAGUUCACUUAGCAAUGGACAUCCAGCGCUGGGUAUUUGUAACUCACAUUGCACUGUGGGGGUCCAUUAUCAUUACAUACCUGUUAAUGGUUGUAAUUGAUUCCAUACCUGUUUUUCCCAAUUACUGGACAAUAUACCAUUUGGUUACUUCAAGGACGUACUGGCUUACAAUUGUACUCAUAAUUGUUAUUGCAUUGCUUCCCCGCUUUCUUUACAAAGUUUUCCAGCAGGUUUUUCGGCCUUCUGAUAUUCAAAUAGCUAGAGAAGCAGAAAUUUUCAGAAAACCUGCUAACCCUCUCAGCACAAGAUCUGAUCAAGACUCAUGCUAACAAGUUUGCAACAAUAAUGAAAGGUUCAAUUUAAAUGUUGAGUCCCUGACACAUUGUAUAGCUUCCCCAUGGAUCUCAUUAUUACCAAUACUUCGGAACUCUACAUUAGUUCCAGUAAUGACUUUGUUUCUCAAAUUUCAGAAGAUUCACCCAGAUUUAUGCAUCGUGGUGUGCUGAUUGGUAGCAAAAGUGCGAGAUACGAGAUCCAUGGAGGAAGUGAGUUAGCUUGAAGCUUAAGAGAUUAAGGGUUACUCGGCGUAGCAAUAGUUGCGGGGGCUUGUGUUGUGAGAUAUGGUGACGAUACACGGUGUGUUGAUCCAAAGAAAAGAGGAUAUACCCUGCAUUUGGUUUGGAAUGACCCGAAGCAGUUUGGAAGCGUUUGGAACUAGGACGGCUAAAGAUAAGAGUACAUAGUUGUGAAAAAUAUACACGGUCUGUUUUCGUUCUUUUUUUCCGUAUUCUUUUUUCCUUUCUAGUGUAAACCUUUGAGGCAAUCAAUGUACCUCAAAGUUCAAUGGCGGAAAAUGGUGUUCAAGUCCUACACGCGUGUUGUUUUUUUUCUGAGCCUGUUCCUUUCUAAGCUCUCCAAGUCAUGGUCUUUUUCUACAUGAACUACACUUGCAAACCCAUGUGUUCAGUAAUUCAAUAAAAUUGGUGUAAAUAUGAUGCCUUAAGUU